ACGGACCCUCCCUUUCUCUCUCUUUCUCUCCCGUUGAAACAAGUAAUUGAAGGCAAAAGUUGAUCAUCAUUACAGUUGAAAUAAACCCGGCCGCCCAGCCAGCCUGUCACCGAUCUCGAUUCAUAAUGGGAAGAGCACCGUGUUGCGAUAAAGAUGGGCUCAAAAGAGGCCCAUGGACCGCCGAGGAAGACCAGAAGCUCGUUGACCACAUCAACAAACACGGCUAUGGAAACUGGAGAACCCUUCCCGCCAAUGCUGGGCUACAGAGGUGUGGAAAGAGCUGCAGACUACGCUGGACCAAUUACCUUCGCCCAGACAUCAAACGAGGAAAGUUCUCUUUCGAGGAAGAACAGACUAUUAUCCAUCUCCAUAGUAUCUUAGGAAACAAGUGGUCGGCGAUAGCUGGCCGUUUGCCCGGAAGAACGGACAACGAAAUCAAGAACUACUGGAACACCCACAUUAGGAAAAAGCUUCUGAGAAUGGGAAUAGAUCCAGUGACGCAUACCCCACGGCUUGAUCUUCUAGAUCUUUCCUCGAUCUUCCAGACUCCCUUCUACGACGCUUCCAGUCUCAACCUCUUGAGAAUCUGGUCCCAGCAAUAUUUCCCAGACUCUGUUCUGCCCGACAAUCUCGGUUACCCGAAUUCGAACGUACAAGAACCUCAAAUGUCACUUCCUCCGGUUCAAGAUGUUCUGAUUAACGGGGGCCCAUUUCCCGGUACUGGUCAGGCCCAGCCACCGAGUGUUGAGCCUGGGUUGGCUACCGGUCUAUUUGACGAUUAUUUUCUCCUGCAAAACCUCGGCUGCUAUGAACCGAUGGAUUCUGAACCCUUGAUGGAUCCUACGCCGUUGGAUGAAAGUCAAAAUUUCAACUUUCAGCAAGUUUGGUCAACGCCUUCCCCGAGUCAAGUCAACAGCAGCAGCACCGUCACAACCUCUGAGGAUGAGAGGGAGAUGAGUUACUGCAGCAAUCUGUUGAACUUUGAUGUCUCUAACAGUCACUUAUUUGAAGUUAGUGAAUUGAUGUAAUUUUUAGUUAUACGUAUAUGUAUACAACAAGCAUAAUUUAUUUACCUCAGUAAGUAAUUAGUAAUGAAACAUAGAGUUGAGGUGUUGUAGAAUAUGUGGAUGGUAUAAUAAAAUCUUGAUUAA